AUGGCUGAGCCGGAGUGGCUUGGCACCGCCUUCUUUGCUCUCAUCGUGCUCAGCUUCAUUCCGGGGCCCUGGCAGGUCAUCCUGAGUCCGAUCAUCAGCCUGAUCAACUUGUUCUACAUGUUCAAGUUUGGGAUCUUUUUGCUGGCCAUCGCCGGGAUCUUCGGCCUUCAAUGGUACUUUGAGGCAACGACGACGGAAGGGCAAUGUCCAGGUUGCGGCGUCCUGCAGAGAGGUAGCAAGACCGAGCCCUUCAACUGCGGGAUGUGCGGCUUGGAGCUCGAGGUGAAAGAUGGGCAAUUCGUGCAGUAUAGGAAGAGCGGACAGGCGCCCCAGACACCCUUCGAGAAGAUGCGGGACUUUGCCAAGCAGGCUGCGGAGACGAAGCCUCCACCGAAGCCCUCAGCCCCCAAGGCUUCGAGGACUGGUUCCAAGAAGAGCUCCAGUGCAGAGGUGGUGGACGUUGAGGUACUCUGA